CAAGAUGGCACCGAUCGAAAUUUAUAUCUGUCAAUCUGUUCAUUCUUCAUAUACCGUAGACAGAGAGGAUACUUCACUACUACACCGCUUGCAGUGAAAUAUUAAUAACUAAUUAAUUUCAAUAAAAAUCUGAACAAAUAUGAUGUGUGGAAAUAGCUAAGAAAUCAUAAUUUAACCAUAAAAAAUGCAUAAAUUAUUAUUAAAUAACUUGUAAUUAAUUACUCAUAUGUUCGUGUCGCCAGAGAGUGCUACAGGUUCCAGGCAUGUGCAUAUUUUAACGGGGAAUCUGCUGAAGUUAACCACGUUGCACGAAUUGAAUAUGAUCUCUCAUUGAAUGAACUGCAUAAUCGUUUUCAACAAUCGACAUAUCGAUUAUUACUCGCUGGCCUGGUCAGCAACAACGCUGGCAGGGCGUAUAAAUUCUCGGUAUGUUUUCGCUUUGGAACUUGUUCAUUUCCUUCAGAUUAAACGAUUCAUGAAAGUUUGAUCGUUGAUUUCUUUUACAAUGAAGCGUUAAUAUUGUUAAAAGACAUGGCGCAAUCUAUUUUCGACGCUUUAACAGGUAAAACAUUAUCUAUCACAGAAAUAGGUGUAUCACUCGACGGUCCUUCUGUGCAAUCUUUAUUAGAGUCACAGACUCUGAUAACCGAAGUUGAACAAUCAGCAAUUGAUCAGGAUGAAGAAGAUAUAUUUCAGUGUGGAAAAUGCAAAAAUCAAUUUACAUCGUUGCACAUGUUCAUAUUGCACAAAAGGACACACCAAAAAACACAAGAACAGACAGUGGAUUUGAGUCAGUUUUUGGUAAACGAUGAAAGUCAGACUGUUCACACGGAAGACAGUAGCCAAGAUGUAUCGCAAUAUAAUCCUCAAGAAACAUUUGUUCAAAAUGACCAACUUAACGAGCCAAUUAUACUCGAAGAAUCGGAUAUGCUGUUUAGCAUGGAUCAAGAGGGUGCUAAUUAUUUUUCCACAGAUUCCACAUUUAGUGUUCCAAUAAUUUUAAGUUCAGAAGGUUUAGAUACUUUUGAGAAUUCCACUAUUCCAACAGACAGUGACCCCCUCAAAGAUGAUUCAAACGAAGUACCUCAAGUUCUCCAAAGUGAUAUUUCCGAUGAACAAAAUAUUAAUGAUCCAGAAAAAAUUGAUAUAUCAAUGACUGAAAAUCUAACUGAAAAUACAACGGCGGAAUUAGAAACUGCCAAUAAUCAGACACCAAACUUAAAAUAUAAAUGCGGUUACUGUAGCAAACAAUUUUCGAAGAAAUUUUACUGGCAACAACAUGAACGUUCUCAUACUGGAGAAAAGCCAUAUCAAUGUGUUGUAUGCGGACGUGCAUUCGCACAAAAAUCCAAUGUCAAAAAGCAUAUGUCAUCGCAUAAAGUAUGGCCAGGCACUGCAAUACACUCCUUACCCCCUGAGGCACCCGCAGAUGGAAGCAUAGAUCGUACCUACCAUUGUCAGUUCUGCAAAGAAAUAUUUGAUUCGUACAAAGCUCUAAAGGGCCAUCUUAUAGUAUCUCAUUUAGCGCUGAAAGUGUACAAGUGUGUGCAGAGUAGUUGUAGCAUGAUGUUUGCCGAACUCGAAGAUUUCUUGGAGCACACUCGCAGCCACAAAAGAUCAGAGUAUCGUUGCCACGUGUGUGGCGAAAUAUUCAAUACUUUAUCUGAUCUUGGACUUCACCAGUAUGCCCACUCCGUCCAGAAGCAGAAAACAACAGAGAAAUAUUACUGCUGCUCCGUUUGCAAAUCAUCCUUUUCCAACUUGGAGGCAUUACAACACCAUACGGAGACUACGACCCAUGAUUAUGCUUGCCUGCAUUGUGGAAAAAGUUUCUUGAUCGAAAGAUUCUUGCGGCGUCAUUUGAAAACGCACGCCUCGUCCGCGCGUUUUGCCUGCGAAGAUUGCGGAAAGGCCUUCAAAACUGAGCAAUACUUAGCCAAUCAUAAGUUAAUACAUAGCGAGGAGACGCCAUUCUUGUGUCCACAUUGCCCAGCUAGAUUCAAACGAAAAGAUCGUUUGGGUCGUCAUAUGCUAAUUCAUGAUUUAACAAAGAGAUUAAAGUGUCCCUUCAGAAGUUACUCAGGUUGUAUGAGUGAAUUUUCGCGACCUGAUAAAUUGAAGCGUCACAUUCUGACGCAUAGCAAUAUCAAACGAUUUAGUUGUAGUCAUUGUAACCGUAAUUUCCAUCGGGCCCAAGCUCUUAAGCAUCAUGAAAUGAAUAAACAUAGUUUAAAAUGCGAAAUUUGUUCACACGCAUUUAAAACUAAGGAACAAUUGCUAACUCAUAAUUGCGACCAGUCCAACGAGACUAAAAAGCACAUGAGCUCACAGUUACCUAAGAAAGCCUCCGGAUCUUUUAAGCCAAGGAAACCUACUCCAAAGAGACAAACAUCGUCAAAGACUGCAAUUGGACUUGCUGAUAAGGAAAAACUAGAGAAGUUUAAGGCUGAUGAAAUACAAAGAAAAAUCCCUUUGGAAAUAUUAAAGUUCGACGAAUACAAAGACGAAAUUAGUACCAAAAAAGUAGAAAAUAUAUCCGUAUCAAGAGAGAUUGGUUCAACGAUUGAAGCUCUCAUGAAAUCGGACUCAGUGGACAAUGAAAUCAAACGCAACAUUGAUACAUAUUCGGUACAACAAACAAGCGAAUAGAGUUUUGAAAUAUAUAUUUUUUAAUCGUAUUUAAAUUAUAAUAAUAGUUUAGGCUGUAGAUAAGAUGUCAUACUACGUGCAAUGGGAUCAUUGGCAAACUGCAAGUUGCAUUUUAUAAUAGUAUAUAAUAUUUUGUAGUUUACAUAUCUGUGAUAAUUGUAUUAUAAAAUAUAUUAAUAUAAGUAACUUAUAUCUAUCUAUCUCGAAUAUUUUUAACGUCGCCUUCCGUAGGCUGUUUGGAAUCUAUGGAUGUAUUAAAAAAAAAAUGAAAAGUGUUUGUGUCGA